GGGACUGCUGGGGACUCCACCCCUUACCCCGGAAGCACUUGCUGAGGGCGUUGGUUUGUGGGACUGCUUGCGAGUGGUGCUUCCUUUUCGUCCGACAUCUUCUCAGGUAGCAGUGGGAUCUGGUGCUCCUUGAGUUUCAGAAUGCCUCCGAAAGACGACAAGAAGAAGAAAGAUGCUGGGAAGUCUGCCAAGAAAGACAAAGACCCAGUGAACAAAUCUGGGGGCAAGGCUAAAAAGAAGAAGUGGUCCAAAGGCAAAGUUCGGGACAAGCUCAAUAACCUAGUCUUAUUUGACAAAGCAACAUACGAUAAACUCUGUAAGGAAGUUCCCAACUACAAGCUUAUAACCCCAGCUGUUGUCUCUGAGCGACUGAAGAUCCGUGGUUCCUUGGCUAGGGCAGCCCUUCAGGAGCUCCUUAGUAAAGGACUUAUUAAACUAGUUUCAAAGCACAGAGCUCAAGUAAUUUACACCAGAAACACCAAAGGUGGGGAUGCCCCAGCUGUUGGUGAAGACGCAUGAAAAAACAGGUCCCACCAGCUGUACAUUUUGAAAAAUAAAACUUUAUUAAACCAGUA